CCGCCCUCACGUGACUAGUAGUUUUAGUCAUGGCCGACGAUUACAGGCGACAAGGCCUCGACUUGGAGAGAAGGAUAUUCGAGUUCGAUGCCAAGUGUUCCGCUCUCAAAGCCGAGAAACAAGAUGAUGACUAUUUACAAAAUGCAUCUGUCAUUCUGGACAAGUUGAAAAGCUAUUACAGACAAGGAGGGGAGAGCAGCAGCCUUUCCAAGCUGCUUCAGGAUUACACACAGGUGAUCCUAGAUAUCACAUUUUACGAAGAGAACAAAUUGGUGGAUCAAGAGUUCCCAGAGGACUGUUCACCGUUUAAAAUCCAGCAGCUCCUGCAAGACCUGACCGAGCCGGAAGUUCUGGUGGGGAGACUAGCACCAUCUCAAGAGGUGCAGGCUGUUUUGGGGCUGGAGUUGUUAGAAUGCCUCUAUUGGAGACGUGGGGCACUGCUCUACAUGUACUGCCACACCCUUCAUCAACGGAAGCAAUGGAUCAAGGAAAACAAGGAGACGUUCCUGAAGUGUAUUCAAGAAGGAGUGCGCUACCUAAUGCGGAUGCUGCAGGUGAGGAACUCGGUGAAGCUCAAUGAUGGGGUGGUGCUCCAUGACACUGCCACCGCAGGCUUCUUAUCUGAAGGCAUUUUCUCAGACACGCACCUGCUGACCAUGAUGUACAUCGGGGAAAUGUGCUUCUGGGCGGUGAAAUACGAAGACUACAGCGGUGACACUGUGGAUUGUAAAGAAGACCGCCUCCAGUUUAGGGACAUUGGCACGCAGAUCCUCAACAAGUACGUGCUCGCCUGUGAGGGUCCGCUGCAGGGCCAGGGCUGGAACACGGAGAACGCCAAGGAGAUCCUCAGUGUUUUACAGUGAAGCACGCCGCCUCCGUGUCGUCCUCAGACGAAAAUCGGAGAUCAGUAUUCAGUGUUUUUUUUUUUGUUUUUUUUUUCCAAUCCCUAAAUUUAAAUAAAAUAAAAAGGAACCUACCAGGUGAGGUACAGUGUAAUGGAAGGCAAAGAGGAGGCAAGGGGAGAAAAUGUAUUUGGGCAAAGGUCAGCUGGACCUCACUACAUGCCAGAAGGUCCAGUUUGGUGGCAUUAUAAGAUGUGGUGUAAAACUGACAAGUGAUUUUCUUUUUUUCUUUUUUCUACGUGUUCUGCUGGAGAAAAGCAGUUCUCAUCAUUCUAGACUGUUGACUAGGGCACUUGUUUUGCUCUAAGAAUGUUAUAAUAAUAUUAAUAUAAAAAAGUUCUUAGUAAAAAAUACAUUUCCUUUUUUUUUGUUUAUUUUAAAUUUUUGUUUUAGAAUUAUCAAUAACACAGCCUAAAAUGAAACAUUGCACAGUAACAUUUUUAUUUAUUCUUAAGUUGCCAUUUUGGUAUGCUUUUAAUAUUUGACAUCUGUUUAUACUCGAUACACACGUUUGUAAAUGUGUAUAAAAUGCACACAAAGCAAAGGAGUUUUUCCAGAAAGUGUGAAAGCAUAUGUCCAGAUUUAUUCAUAAUCUACCCCUUGUAUUCCCCCCUUUAUUGCAAAAUUUUCAACACUUAGUUAACUUUAUUUGUUUAGCUUUUAAUAGAGAAUGUGCUGUUUUGGAUUAAAUUUUCUGUUUUUUUAUGUCCUUGGUGACAAUAAAGCCCGUGUUUUAACAA